UUUAUUUAAUAAGAUAUUGGCCCAUUUUCAACCUCCCUUCUUCACCAACUGAAAGUCUGAAACAGCCGUCGUCGUCUUCAUCUCCAAUUUGCAGAGUGACAGAACUCAUUGUUCUUCAACUUCAACUUCAACCUCUUCUGCCUUCGGACGGUGCUUCAGCGGCGCAACUCGACGUUGCGAGAGGUGCAUCAAUGGACGUGGGGCAUUGCUUCUUAGACGGGAGCGCAGAUGCCGUGGAGUUUUGUGGGCAUGAGUCGUAUCACAACGUGCUUGCCGCCUCCACUUACGUGCUUGAAGAGGGCGAUCGCCCCACUCGAUCGGGGAGCAUUACGCUCUUCGAUGUAGAUGCUGAUGCGGGGCGGCUUCAGUUGAUUCAGAAAUUAGAGACAGCAGGGAUUUUCGAUAUCAAAUGGAGCCCGGGGCUCGUCGGCACCCCUUUGCUUGCUCAAGCCGAUGCUCAUGGCUGUGUGAAGCUCUAUAGCCUGCCGUGCUCUGCUGAAUUAAAUAGUAGUUGCUUGACCGAAGUUCAAGGGAAAUGCAUCAGCUCCUCCAUGUGCUUGUGCAUAGACUGGAAUCCGCCUGCCACGUCCAUGGCAGUCGGCCUUUCUGAUGGAUCAGUUUCCAUAGUCUCACUCGACGAGUCCCAGCUCAACAUUCUGCAAGAAUGGAAAGCACACGACUUUGAGCUCUGGGCCGCCUCGUUUGACAUCCAGCAGCCGAUGCUGAUAUACACAGGUUCAGACGACUGCAAGUUCAGCUGCUGGGACCUGCGCCAGGACCCUUCUCAGUUGGUUUUCCAGAACACGAAAGCUCACAAAAUGGGAGUCUGCUGCAUAGCAAAGAGCCCUCACGACCCCAACGUUCUGCUCACCGGUAGCUACGACGAGCACCUGAGAAUAUGGGACACCAGGUCGACUUCAAGGCCGGUGAGUGAAUCUUCUAUAUGUCUAGGUGGAGGAGUUUGGAGGGUAAAGCAUCACCCACAUAUACCGGGGCUGGUGUUAGCAGCUUGUAUGCACAACGGUUUUGCACUCGUUAAGUUUCGAGGGGAUCGAGUCGAGGUGGUCGAGACGUAUACGAAGCAUGGCUCACUUGCAUAUGGAGCUGACUGGCAAAGAGGAGAUGCAUUUGUGGCUGGAAAGAAGAAGAGUUCUGCAAUUGCUACAUGCUCCUUUUAUGAUCGGUUGCUUCGUGUCUGGACACCACAAGCUGAUGAUGUAUUUGAAUCAUUUUAAGGUUUUUUUUUACCUAAUAAUACAAACUUAUAUUUGUGUAACCUAUAACUUUACUAUUAAGCACAUUUGUUAGUACAUCUUUUGGCAAUUGCCCCUCAAUACAUGUAUUUCAUUGGCUUUGCCAAA